AGAGGCGUUGGCUGCAAAAGAUGUGGUUCUCAAAGUGCCAGAGUUUAACAUCGUCGAUACGGCCGUCCGUGGUGUUGCGGGGCAGUUGUCGCAAAGGUGCGUGUGGCUCCAGCGAUUCAAACACUUGCAGGAGAUAAUAUGGGACACCAACUUCAAACUUCAGAGAAUUCACGCCGUGAGAUGGGUUUCAAGAGGUGAGGCCGUGAAAGGGUUUGCCAAGGCAUUGCCCGCGACCGUGGUGCUGCUAUUCGAGUACAAGCACGAGCUGUACGAAGUCGUCACGUCGUUCAAGAUUCACUUCAUGCUUUUUCUUUUUGCCAACAUCCUCGCCAUCCUCAAGGAUUUGAACUUGAAGUUUCGAAAGCAUCAG